AUGUCCGUUCAAUAUGAGAGUGGAGAUAUCUCUCAAUGGGCGGCAUAUGCCUUGGAACCUGAUGAAGACGAUGUAAGUAGCCUCCUUCGGCACCGGUCCGGCGUAUAUGCAGGUCAUUUUGACGCAAUAUCUGCCUCGCAGUCUCGCCACCAUGUCCGCGAUCCGAGCGUCUUGCCUGACGCGUCCACAACACACCAUGUUCCCGCAUCGAGGGUCAUAACACAAGGAAAGGAAACUUCCCCUCGUGGGCCACCUAAUCUUGCCGCCGGCCAUGUUGCCCAGGACGGAGGCAAAUUGAAUCGACAAGAUGUGCAUAAGCGGAAACGCCUAAGGCAGACAUCUCAGACCGGCCUUCCCAGCACGAUACCCGACUCCGUCAGAUCUAGGAUGAAUCAACCCAACACACAGUCACCUCAAGAUACGCAACCUGCCUCACCAUGGGUGUACGAAAAAUGCACAACUAUCCAUGCCGAAGCCGAUACGGACUCGUACCUUCAUGAGGACGUUGACAAGGCUAUUCCUAACGAAGAUGGGGAGGACUCGCCCGCCCAGUCGCAACGCAUUGACCUCCUCACCGCAUUCGAUCAGUCCUCUAUCCCCAUCGGCCAAGGCUACAAUGGGACAGAAAGCGAUGAAGAGGAGGAUCCUCUGUCACAGGACAUACGGGCCGAUCCCUUUCCAGAAUCCAAAAGGUUUCAAAUGCCAAAGACACCAGCCUCGCAUGGCGUUAAGCGGAAGCGUGGGAGCGAGAGUCGCUCUCAAGAGGCGCAGACUCCUUCCUUACCUGCGAACCCUUUUGCGAAUCGUCAGCGCAACCACGGAAUGAUGCAACCUAGCCAGCUAUUCCAAACAACACAGGCUCUCACUUCACCACUCAACGCCCAAUCUGAGGGGUUUUCCGAUAGACCGUCUCCAGGUCUUCAUGUACAGCGACCAUCGACGGCCGACGCCCUCCCCUCUCCUGUUCAGCUACCGCGGUCAAAAAUGGUACGCGCAGUGACAGAACCUCAAACAGUCUAUGUGUCCGUAAAAGAAUCCCAAGAGGCGAGGGAGAGGAGGUUACAAGAGUUAGAAGACCAUGGCCAACCUGAAGAUGGGUCAGAGGACGAGUUCAGUACCAUAGGCUCACAAAUACGAAGGAAGCUCAAUAGAGAUCAGAUCACAAAGGCGGCACGGGAUCAAUUUGCUGGAGUGACGGCACAAUCUCAGCCUCAUGGCACAGAAUCUGCUAUUCAUAAGCCAUAUGGCCGUGGUCCGGGCGAGGCCCAAAGUAGUCCCCUUCGACCUGGUCGGCAGGGCAAAGGACCAAGGAGGCCCACAGGAUCAGUCGAGCAAUCGGAAGAUGCCAUCAUGAUAUCUGAUGAUCUGCUGCCAGAUGAGCUUGAAGGCAAUAUCACAGAAGAGGAGACAGAACGCGAGGAAGAUCAAAGUACGAAAGGCUGGAGCGACGGAGAGGGAAAUACCGAGGAGAACAAAGAGAAUAUUGAGGUACCUAUGACUGGGUCAAGACCACACCAAGCAGCCUCUCAAACUAUGUUCACGCAGCCAACUCCAUCUCAUGCCCCUUCUCGAGGGACUGCGCAUAUAUCUCGAGCGCCUCCAAUCAGUCUUACGUCUAGCAGUCCAUCAUCGAGAAGGUCACCUGAAAGGGCUGAAAGAGAACACAUUUCUCUUUCGAGCUCACAGGCUUAUGCUGUAGCUGACUCACAAUCAUCACAGCGCCUGAAGCAGGUGACCCAGCCCUCGAAGCUUUCUCGCCACCAGACUGGGCCGUCAUCAUCACUUGAGUCUCGAGCGAUGAUACCUCAGUCACAAAUAUCUCAAAGGAAGGAUUUGACCGCUUCUAAUACUUCAAGUGAUCCGGGUAAAGCUAGCCUAACGUUGCAAAAUGACUCUAGUGAGGGAAGUUCGCGCCAGAAACAGUUGGAGGAAGCUAGUACCAGCAGUAGACGACAUCAAGGCUCCUCUUCGAAUACUGGUCGCGAUCAGGACACAGUCCAGCAUGAGAUGAGAGGUUUACAUGGCAGAAGCCCGACGAGUCUCUUCAGCAUGAUAGAAAGUGCGAGAAACAACACCAGAGCCCCAAUUGAGACACAUCAUCCUAAUGGCGGCACUUCGACCCACGACAUCGCUAAAAAGACUCCAGCGAAUUUUCUUCCAUCCCAUUUCUCCGCAUCUGUGUCAGCUUCAAAGAGUGGCACAGGCACCGAAGCAGCUAAUCCUUCCGGUCCAUCAACAGUAUUUGAAACAGCACUUGAGCAACAGGUAGGUACUCCAUCAAAGAAUAGAAUCAGGACGCUGCAGACUACUGCAAAAGGCACCAAGUCCUCGCCAGCGAAGUCUCAAUCACAGCCGGCUCGCCUGAUCGCGGACAUCAUGGCUGAUCCUUCUCCUCCCGAAAUGUCUAUUGGAGAUGAACUAGACAUGAGCUUCCUAGACAAUGAAGACGUUGAGUUUAAUCGCGCUAUGCAAGGUCCAGGCCCUCAGCUCCCAACUCCAAGGCGGCGCAAGAUCAAGGCGGUACGCACAUUGCAGGUCUCAUCUCAACUGGAGCCUAUCAGCCGUUCGCCAUUCAAGCUCCGAGGGACUCCAAAAAGUCCAUCGUCCUCUGCAUAUUCUUGGUGUACGGCGCCACAAUCGUCGUCCCAAAGUAUUGAGUCUACGACAACCGUCGAUGCUCGCUCCUUCAGAGAAACCUCCGCUAAUACUAGUCCAAAGGCUCAGCAAGCUCUUCCCGUCAAAGAAUCCCGGGUAGAGAAAGAGGCUGGUCCAGCAGCUCGGAAAUCGCAGAUUCGUCCACCUCCUUUGGCCAAAGAUAUUCCAUUAGUAGCGCUUAUGAAGCAUCCCGAUGACAUUAGCCCUCAUGUUCAAUCAACGGAUCACAAUGAUGAUGCUCCGGGUAUUGUUGCUCCUGACAGGGUUCUUGCGCACUUCAAUGGCAUCAGGUCGAGAUUCUACCCCGCCACAUGUACAGGUCUUAUCCCUGGAGACGAGCCGCGAUACGAGGUCACGUUCGAUGACGGUGAAAAAGAUACAAUUAGUGGCUAUGGUAUCAAACGCUUGGAGCUGCGGGCUGGUGAUGUGUGCAAGGUGGACCUACGUGAUUCAGUGGUUGCAAAUCUUCCUGGUGGCAGGAGUUUCAUUGUUGUAGGCACGCGUGGGCAUCAGUCCUCCAACACGGCUGCUGCUAGUACCAAUAAUUCCUCAAAACAAUCAGAGACUGACAUCUUUGGCCACACGCAUGUGGUGGUCCGCCCAAAGCAUCGACAAUCAGUGGACGAGUUGCAAGAAGACGAUCAGGAAUUGACCGUCUCACUGGGACGUAUCUAUUUCACCCAAACAAUGUGGGGUGCAAUCAAAGACCGCGACUUCAGUUGUAUUCAGACUAAGCUGCCAGGAUUGACGGGCCUCCAGACGCCAUCUGAGCGUCCAUCAACACCGUCAACGCCGUCCUCACGAGCUCGCCGGAUCAGAUCAUCUGGACUUGCAGCAGCUCGUCCUGGCGACAUCUCGGCCGGCGCAAAUGAGGGUCUAUUCAACAACAUGGUGUUUGCUUUGACGAACGUCGCCUUUGGAGCGGAUCUCGAGAAAGUCAAGAAAGUCAUUCGAAAUAGCGGUGGACGCAUCCUAGAUGACGGCUUUGACGAUCUCUUCCACAUCCCCGAUCUCUCACGUACGACUAGUCCAUCUAAGAAUCGAGACAAAACUUUCCAUCUCACUUCCGCGGCUGAGAGCCUCGGCUUCACCUGCCUCAUCGCCGACGGGCACUGCCGACGUGCAAAAUACAUCCAAGCUCUCGCUCUCGGGAUCCCCUGCGUCGCCACCCGCUGGGUCACCGACUGCGUGAGCAAACAAGCUCUCCUCCCAAUCGCGCCCUACCUUCUUCCCGCAGGCGAAUCCUCCUUCCUCUCCGGCGCAAUCCGGUCUCGUGUGCUCGACCCUCUCCCCGACCCAGCAACCGCAACCCUCUCCGACCUCUUCUCCAAGCGCCCGAUCAUGCUGACUGACACCUCCAUCCUCCUGAUCAUGCAAAAGCACGAGGAGGGUGCAAUGAAGCAUCACAAUUUCCUCACGCACGCUCUUGGUGCAACCCGCAUUGCUAGAGCCACUAGUGUGGAAGCGGCAGCGAAGAGCGUGGCGGAAGCGCAGCUGAUGGGUAAGCCGUGGGAUUGGGUGUAUACGCAUGGGAAGGAGAAGCAGGCGGAGAAAAUGAUUUUUGGGGGCGGGAGUGCGAGGACGAGGAAGAGAGGUGCUGUUGGUGAGGGCAGCAAGAAGACGAGAGUCGUGGGCAAUGAGUAUGUGAUCCAGAGCUUGAUCCUGGGGAGAUUGUGUGAUGAGUGA